GACAAAACUGCCUUCUAAAACCAGUUUGACGUGAUGACUGUAAAAUUGUAGCGCACUAAUUUCUUCAACAUCUUAGGGUGGGAAAGCCAAAUUAUUUUAACAUGCCAGAAUACACCUUCGAACUAGAAAGAACCCCGUACUAUAACAGCCGUCGCGACUUAUUAAGGUCGAUCCUAGCGCCGAAAUUGUCCGAUGCCAAGAGGAAUUUGGGCGAUACUUUGGCCAAAGUGGUUUUUGACCAAUGCGAAGACGCUUUACGCGAAGAUUUCGGCCUGAAGACGCCGUUACAUGGACCCGGAAACGUCCUGUGGGUGUCUCCCAGUGAUCUUCUGAUCGGAAAAGUUGCACUUAAGCCACCGUUCACCCCGAAAUGUUUGCAAGCCUUGACCCAUAAAGGGAUUUUGGAAAUUGGUGAAGGCUUGGAAAAGAAAUUCAAAGAGGACAUGGAAAGUGAUAAACAGAAAGCCCUGGACAAGUACAAAGCAGAACUGCUCGCCACAAUUGAAGACAGAAUGAAAUCCGAAAUUAAGGAUGUCGAGAUAAGGGAACGCCUGGCUUGCCACAUCGAAAUGGAGAAGAAGCAGGAAGAGUUUGGGGUUACCCUUAAAGAAGAAUUAAAUAAACUGGAAAUAAGAAUACGCGAGCAAUAUGAGCAAAUACUAGCGGACCAGAAUCAUCAGUUAAGCACGAAAUGGGAAGAGAAGGUGCAAAAGGAAGUAGAAAAAACGGUGGACAUGAUGACCAAACAGUACCAAGAAAAAUUAGCUGAGCAAGAGGAGAGACUGUCUUAUGCAUUCACUUUGGAAAUAAAGAAAGAACAAGUUCUAAGAGACCACGAAGCGAAACUAAGCAAACGAAAAAUGCACGACACGUUGCGGCAAUUAAAACACCACCUGGAAUGUACGAACUUGGUGAACAUGAUGUACAUUUUGGCCACCGAACGUCAGAAGUGUUGCGACCAGAAGCAACUGAUCGAAGAUUAUUACAAAGCGGAAAUUAAAAAGCUGGAGAACCGUCUUAAGGAGAAAAACCUGGCAAUACAGGGCCUCAAAGAGGAAAAACAAAAGCAGAUAAAAGAAGUGAACAUUAGGGAGAUUUGCUUGUUGGAGGUCAUAAAGCAGUUCCAAAAGUUCAUUAAUUUCGCCUUCAAGUCUGCUCCCACACAGGCGGAAUUUUUGCUUUCGGUGGAGAAAAUGAUGGUGUUCGAGUUGGCUAAGGAAGUUUCCACAACACCUGUUCCCAAAGUCAAAGAAUCAGCAAUAGUGCCGUGGCUGCAUGAUGGUACAUCAGCUCAAUCUGUGUCAUCUGCAGAAGUCUCUUCUCUGGACAUCAAAGACAACCAUGACUGCUUAAACGAACUAAAUCCGCCUCUGAAGCUGCAGUUAGACGAAAGCGAUGCACUUCCAGCGAUAUAUUUUAAAAAGAAAACGUACAUCAGGGAAGAUUUCCGGGAUAUGUUGGACGUUGGCGUACCGAUGACGCCUAGCAACGAUCUCUGGAAUAAAGACGUCGAGAUUUUGAUGGAUAAAUGGGCAGAUAUGGUGAAGGAUGACAAGAAACCUGCCGAACGCAGAUCUAGAAUGGCAUCCGAUGAUACCCAUGUCGAUUUAUAUGAAGCUGAUAAGACAGAUUCCGUUUCGGAAUACAUUAUUCCCGAGAGACGAAAAUCGAACAAAUCUGUGGUGCAAUUUGUUAAUAAAGAGGUUAAAAGUGAGGAACCGGAGAAUCCGUCGCGAAGACUUUCGGUAGACUCAAAACGGACCUCACGUAGGAGCUCCAUAAAGCCUACUGCCUAUUUUUUCGUUCCUCCUGAGGGGACCCCUGUACAAGAAAUAAUGGUGGACAAGGGCCUGAAGCCAGUCUCUUCCAUGCUUUUAGCGGCAAAGGAUUCACUUGAACUACUUAAGGAGAACAAAAGAAAAAGUGCUGUAAUAACCACCCCUUCGAUUGAUAAUUCUUAUGUUAAUUCUUCUAUUCAUUCAAAAGAAGUUGUACAUCCACUUGAUGAGCUUCCAGUACUUAAAUCAAGCAUCAAAUCAGAAAGUUACCAAAAAGAAUUAGUGGUGGAAACAAAAGACUCCCUCCUAAUGCGUAUGACCAAAAUGGUAAAGACCCAAUCCUCCCGGGAGUUUUUGACCACACCCAAGGAUUCCAUUGAAUUAAAGAAGCAAAGUUUCCAAUCAAACGAGCUGAAGAAGCGCGGUUCCAAGUUGAUAACCGCCAAAAAUUCCAUAGAACUCCUGAAGGAGUCCUUGCAUAAAUUAUCAGUCCCUUCAAGUUUGUGUCAAAAAAGGGAUAAAGAGGAAUCUGGAGAUCAUAUGAAGAGGGCACAGUCCACAAGUUUUGCUGGAACAUGCUGUGAAAAAUGUAAACAUUUAAAAGAACUGGAACAAAUCGAUGCAUUAUCGAGCAGAUCAAGUGAUCAAGCUCACAACGGCCUAAUGACAGAGGCAGAUGAGAAAUCCGUGAAAAUUUCCUGCAUCCAAGUGAUCAAUUUGGAUCAAGCUGCCACUUCUCAGUCAGUCGUUUCUUUUAACGCUGAACCCAUAUAUUUAAGAGAGGAAAAGUUGCCCAGUGUGUGUAGCAGUAACACUGCGAGAGCCAGUGGUAAAACUACUGGCAGAUCAAAGGGAGUUAGAGGGAAGCGACCCCAAGUGGUAAAACAGAAAUCACUUUAUCACUGUGAGGUGGUCGGGGAUAAGGAUGCAAUGCAAGGAGACGAGAGCAGUUAUGAGUUUACAACAAACCGAAUUCACUCUUUAAUUAAGUUGAUGAGCGAUCAACCGGAUUUGAUGAGGCUGUUUACAGCUGGAUGUAGAUAGUGUCGAAUAAAGAUUUAAUGGGGAGUAAAAGAUAA